AUGCUUCUGAAGCCCGUCUUCGCACUCCUCAUCAUCUCCAAAGCCGGCUCGCUCAUCUACCACCGCACCUUCCCAACCACCUCCCCGGGCACCGCGGCCGGGAACCUGACUGGGCAAAGCCAAACCCAGACGGUGGGCACUUUGGGACUGCCAGGAACCUCGACACUGACGACGAACGACUACCUCGUCCUGGCCGGCACAUUCCACGGCGUCCACGCCAUCACGCGCUCCCUCACCCCCAAGCUCCCUGUAACGUCUUCGGCCACGACCCCUUCAGGAAAGAACUGGACGUAUCCCGACCCGACCGUUCUCCCUUCAGGCAUUGAGUCCCUCGAAUCCUCGUUCUUCCGGCUCACGGUCUUCCAGACGCUAAGCGGGACAAAGUUCUUGUUAUUCACCGACCCGAGCAUGCCCAAUACGGAUCUGCUCAUGAAGGGCAUCUACGAGAGAUACGCCGACUACGUGUGCAAGAACCCCUUUUGGCAGAUGGAGAUGCCCAUCAGGAUAGAAGCAUGGGACAGGAGUUUAGGGCAGUGGUUGACGAGGCGAUGA